GAGCUAUAAAGGGGGCAUCUCUCAACACCGGGGGCUCUAGGCAGCAAGACCCGAGGCCAGAGGGGACUACAACAUGUACCAUCCCAGAGAGUUGUACCCACCUCUGGGGGCAGGCUACCGCCUGGGGCCUCCCCAGCCUGGGGCAGACUCCAGUUUCCCGCCUGCCCUGGCAGAGGGAUACCGCUACCCUGAUCUGGACCCCCCCAAACUGGAUUGCUUCCUCUCUGGGAUUGAGGCUGCUCCCCGCACCCUGGCCGCGCCCCCACCUCUGCCCCUUCUGCCCCCGGCCAUGGGCACGGAGCCGGCCCCAUCAGCUCCAGAGGCCCUCCAUUCACUCCCUGGGGUCAGCCUGAGCCUGGAGAACCGGGAACUGUGGAAGGAGUUCAGCUCUGUGGGGACAGAGAUGAUCAUCACCAAAGCCGGGAGGCGCAUGUUCCCUGCUUGCCGAGUGUCAGUCACCGGCCUGGACCCCGAGGCCCGAUACCUGUUUCUUCUGGAUGUGGUUCCAGUAGAUGGGGCUCGCUACCGCUGGCAGGGCCGGCGCUGGGAGCCCAGCGGCAAGGCAGAGCCCCGCCUGCCCGACCGUGUCUACAUUCACCCUGACUCUCCUGCCACUGGUGCCCACUGGAUGCGGCAGCCUGUGUCUUUCCAUCGUGUCAAACUCACCAACAGCACACUGGACCCCCACGGCCACCUGAUUUUGCACUCCAUGCACAAGUACCAGCCCCGCAUACACCUGGUGCGGGCAGCCCAGCUCUGCAGCCAACACUGGGGGGGUGUGGCCUCCUUCCGCUUCCCAGAGACUACAUUUAUCUCCGUGACAGCCUACCAGAACCCACGGAUCACACAACUGAAGAUUGCAGCCAAUCCCUUUGCCAAAGGCUUCCGGGAGAACGGCAGAAACUGUAAGAGGGAGCGGGAUGCCCGUGUGAAGAGGAAACUUCGGGGCCCAGAGCCAGUAGCCACAGAGGCCUAUGGGAGUGCAGAUGCACCAGGUGGUCCCUGCGACUCCACCCUGGGUGGGGAUAUUCAUGAGCCUGAACCAGAGCAGGCCCCCGCCCCCCGGGAAGCUGCUCCAGCCCCAGCUCCUCCGUGUGGUGGCCCCAGUGCUGAGGCCUACCUCCUGCACCCUGCAGCUUUCCACGGGGCCCCCAGUCACCUUCCAGCCAGGAACCCCAGCUUCCCAGAGGCUCCGGACUCUGGGCGUCCAGCCCCCUACUCAGCUGCAUUCCUGGAGAUGCAGCCCGGGCCAGGGGGCUCAGGGUACCCAGCAGCUCCACCUGCAGCAUCCUUUGCCCCACACUUCCUCCAAGGGGGUCCCUUCCCUCUCCCAUACCCCGGACCUGGGGGUUACCUGGAUGUGGGCUCCAAACCCAUGUACUGAGCUGUUGUGGGCCCCUCUGCCUCCCUGUCUUCCGCCACAGGCCUCCUGUUCCCUUCCCCCAGCCCUGCCACCCCUACUUUCACUGGCCCCAUCCCCCACACCAAAUGGCUGCCUUGGGCCUGCCUCCCACCCCCCCAACUUCACACCUUGACUUCACUCCCACCCCCUCUGGCUUCAAAGCUCAGGCCAGGCUGCUCAGAGUCCAGCUGGGGCCAGCUUCCCCUUCCCGACUCUCACCUCGGUGUGAAUGGAAGGGGCUAGGCCUGGCCAAAUGGAGCCCUCAGACCAGCAUCCCCACCUCCACCUCCUGGACCUCCAGGCCUCCCCCUUGGGCUCAGGCAGGUUCUACCCCCUCACCAAGGGCGCAAGCCACACCCAUCUGUUGUUCUCAGGACCAGAGUAUUUUUGUUAAUAAAACUCAAAAGACAUCAGUGUUCAGGAA